CUAAACCCGCCAUGUCCGAUUGUAUGCCGCUCUCGUUCAUCCAUCACCAUCGAUAAUACAGUGUACGCGCCUAUGCGGGAUGUGGACUCCUGCAUUGUACAUCGACUAUAUUCCCGACAAAAUGAGAUAACGUGAAUUAACGUAAAUGCUACCUACCUUUCCAACAAACUGAGAGAGCUAUGGAAAGUUCGGAUUCCCCCGCACCGGGGAAAUCUUGGGAAGCACCCGACAAGUCGUUCUCAAGGGUAAUCAUUCAAGAAGGCUACAGUUUCAACAUGCCCCUGCAAGGCUCAACAUGCCGUCUAUCCAUACUGAGUGACGACGAGAAAAUCAUUCCUUUGCCAGAAGGACAGGAAUUCAAGACUGUGAUCAUAGGUGACAUUAGCUCGGAGAUUGAAUUUGUGCUUGAACGAUGCUUGUGGACUAUGAAAGAAGGCGAGAUCUGUGAUCUCUCGUUUGUUCUUCCGCUCAGAGUUCCUCCACCGUACGUUCCCAGAGCAGAUUACCUCAUGGAUGGCAAGAAGAAAAAUAAUCCUACUGAUCACGCUCCUGAAAGUCCCUCGGGGCCAGGUCAACCCGAGAAUGCCUUGCAGGAGGUGUCACCAAAUGGGACUGGUGACGCAGAAAGAAAAGAGGACAAUGGAAAAUCUUACAAAGUGAGGGUGCAGCUAGUGAGCUUCACUCGUGAGCCAGCAAUAUUUGAAAUGAGCAUCACUGAGAAGUGGAGAAGGGCUUGCUGGCAUCGGGAAAGGGGGGUGACGCUAUUCAAUGAGAACAAACUCCGUUGGGCUUUCACGCAUUUCAGCACGGCAUUCAAGUACAUUGUGUCACUCGAGCACGACAUUCCGGUCGAGGACCAGUCCGAAGAGAUUGGAAUGGACAUAAAGGGCCUGAAGCUAAACUGUUUCCUCAAUCUCGCAGCUUGUCAGUUGAAGAAUGGAACGUAUCAUUACGUGGUUGCCAACUGCACGCGAGCUCUGGAGAUCGAUCCAAGCAGUGCCAAGGCCUUGUACAGGAGGGGGGCAGCACUGAUUCAACUGCAGGACUAUGAGAGGGCUAAAGCGGACCUGGAGAGAGCGGCCGAGAUCCAACCAAAGAAUCCCGCGCUCGAGAAACAAAUGGCUUUGCUGAAGGAGCGCAUGCAGAAACUUGACAAAUACUUUGCUACAGCUAUGAAAAAAAUGUUUGAAUGAGUAGGCCAGAGAAAAAGUUAGGCAAAUGAUUGCCUGUGCAGGUAGAGCAACUACAAACAUAAAAGCUUUUUUUCAUUUUGCUCA